AUGUUGAUCGGUGCCUGUGAGGUGGAUGUUGACGAGUUGAUGGCCAGUCGGAGUAGACCAUUGUUGGUCGAGUUGAGAGAUACCAUUUGUUGGAGUGACCGCGCAACCGCCAAAUUAUUAUUGAUAUUGAUAGACAGAGAUAGAAUGCCAGGUGUUGGUACUCUACCAAUCUUUGUUUGCGAUUUGGUGAUGAUCUCUGGAAUGUGGCCACUCUAUCUUGAUAAUAUAAUCACAAAGAUACUUAUGGUUCUCGUCAAAUAA